CCCCAAAAAAAAAAAAAAAAACAUCCCCGGCCUCGGGAUGGGGUGGGCCGAGAAGCAGGAGAACCCCGAGAAGGUCAAGGUGAAGGUGGAGGAAGACCUAGAAGAAGAGGAGGAGGACGAGGUGAGGGAGGAAGGCUGCGAGAACUGGCGGCCCCAAGGCCGUGGGGGUUUGGCCAACUGGAACCCCCCCGGCGAUCCCGUCGGCGAAGGGGGGACCCGGGCGCCCUCGAAAUCGAGGAAGAAGCCCCACGAGUGCGAGGAGUGCGGCCGGGUCUUCAACUGGAGGAACCACCUGGUGCGGCACCGCCGGCUCCACACCGGCGAGUGGCCCUACAAGUGCUCGGUGUGCGGGAAGGGCUUCAACGACAGCUCCCCGCUGGUCAUCCACGAGAUGCUCCACCGCGGCGAGAAGCCCCACCGGUGCGUGGUCUGCGGGAAGAAGUUCACCCAGAGCUCCCACCUCCUCUCCCACCGAGCCAUCCACACGGACGAGAAGCCCUACGUCUGCCCCGACUGCGGGAAGGGUUUCGCCCGGCACCAGUAUCUCCUCAUGCACCGGCGCGUCCACACCGGCGAGAGGCCCUACAAGUGCCGGGAUUGCGGGAAGAGCUUCCGGAAGAGCUCGGACCUCGUCAGGCACCAGACGGUCCACACGGGCGAGAAACCCUUCAAGUGUCCCAUCUGCGGGAAGGGCUUCACCCAGAACUUCCGCUGCAACGCCCACAAGAGGGCCCACAAGGAGGAGAAGGAGGGGACGGCGUCGCCCCCAGCCCAGGACCCCCAGCAGGGCCGGACCCCCCCAGGUGCCGGUGGCCACCAGAAUUCCCAGCCCGGCGGCGCCGGGGGGAGGACGACGAAAUCCGGGGGGGCCUGGGGGUCCGGGGGGGUCAAGGCCAUAAAAACGGAACCGGGGGUGGAGGAGACGUCGGGGGACCCCCAGGAAACGUCGGGGGACCCCCAGGAAACGCGGCGAAGCCCCGGGCGGAGGAGCCCCCCGGCGCCUGGCGAAGAGCCGCCCUCCCAGCGCCCCACCGGCGGGGGUGACAGGGAUCCGCCCCCCCCGUCCCCACGGGUGACACCCCCAGAGCCCCACCAGUGUGGGGAGGGCUCCCCCAGCCCCUCCCCGCUGGACGCCCACGGGAGGAGCCGGGGCGGGGAGAAGCCCCACCCGUGCCAGCAGUGCGGGAGGCGCUUCCCCACCGCCUCCCAGUUGGGCGCCCACGAGAGGAACCACGGCAGGGAGAUGCCCCACCCGUGCCACCAGUGUGGGGUGGGCUUCCCCACCGCCUCCCAGCUGGACGCCCACGAGAGGAACCACGGCGGCGGGGAGAGGCCCCACCCGUGUCCCCAGCGUGGGGCGGGCUUCCCCACCGCCUCCCAGUGGGGGGUGCCGGGGGGGGAGGGGCCCCCCCAGUGGGGGUGGGGCGGCACCAGGGGCUCCCCACGGGCGGCCCAGCCCCCGUUUCGCUGCCCCCAGUGCGGCAGCGGGUACCGGACCCCCGGCUCCCUGCGGCGGCACCUCAAGAUGCACGUGCACUAGGGGGGGGCGGGGGGGGGGGG